AGGCGGAGCGCGCGUUGAGCAGGAGCAAAGCUGUAGGCUGGAGAGACAGGUCUGUGAGCUGCAUAAAGCUGCUGGCCAAGAAGGGCUAGAUGAAGCCGAUGACCUCGAGAACCUGCUAAGAGUCAGUGAAAAAGCACUGAGCUCGGGGCCAAGACCCACCUCUUCACUAAUUUGAUAUCGUACAAGGCAUCUCAUCUCUCUGGAUCUCAGUUGCCUCAUCUGUAAAAACGACAUAAAAAUUCUUUACGUAUCUGAAGAUGAGGUGGAGGACCAUCCUACUACAAUAUUGUUUUCUCUUGGUUACAUGUCUACUUAUUGCUCUUGAAGCUGUGCCUAUAGAUAUAGACAAGACAAAAGUUAAAAAUACUCAACCCAUGGACAGUGCAAAGAUAGAACCACCAGAUACUGGACUGUAUUAUGAUGAAUAUCUCAAGCAAGUGAUUGAUGUUCUGGAAACAGAUAAUCAUUUCAGAGAAAAGCUCCAGAAAGCAGACAUAGAGGAGAUAAAGAGUGGGAGGCUAAGCAAAGAGCUGGAUUUAGUAAGUCACCAUGUCAGGACAAAACUUGAUGAACUGAAAAGGCAAGAAGUAGGAAGAUUAAGAAUGCUAAUUAAAGCUAAAUUGGAUUCCCUUCAAGAUACAGGCAUAGACCACCAUGCUCUUCUAAAACAAUUUGAUCACCUAAACCACCUAAAUCCUGACAAGUUUGAAUCUACCGAUUUAGAUAUGCUAAUUAAAGCGGCUACAAGUGACCUGGAACACUAUGAUAAGACUCGACAUGAAGAGUUUAAAAAAUAUGAAAUGAUGAAGGAACAUGAAAGGAGAGAAUAUUUAAAAACACUGAAUGAAGAAAAGAGAAAAGAAGAAGAAUCUAAAUUUGAAGAAAUGAAGAAAAAGCAUGAAAAUCACCCCAAAAUUAAUCAUCCAGGAAGCAAAGAUCAACUAAAAGAGGUAUGGGAAGAGACUGAUGGAUUGGAUCCUAAUGACUUUGACCCCAAGACGUUUUUCAAAUUACAUGAUGUCAAUAAUGAUGGCUUCCUGGAUGAACAAGAAUUGGAAGCCCUAUUUACUAAAGAGUUGGAGAAAAUAUAUGACCCCAAAAAUGAAGAGGAUGAUAUGGUAGAAAUGGAAGAAGAAAGGCUUAGAAUGAGGGAACAUGUAAUGAAUGAGGUUGAUGCUAACAAAGACCGACUGGUGACUCUAGAAGAGUUUUUGAAAGCUACAGAAAAAAAGGAAUUCUUGGAGCCGGAUAGCUGGGAGACAUUGGAUCAGCAACAGUUUUUUACAGAGGAAGAGCUGAAAGAAUAUGAAAAUCUUAUCUCCUUACAAGAAAAUGAACUUAAGAAAAAGGCAGAUGAGCUUCAAAAACAAAAAGAAGAGCUACAGCGUCAGCAUGACCAGCUUGAGGCUCAGAAGCAGGAAUAUCAUCAGGUUGUACAGCAGAUGGAACAAAAAAAAUUACAACAAGAAAUUUCUCCACCAGGCCAUGGUGGAGAAUCGAAGUUUGAGCCACUCAUUUAAAGUCCGAAGUCCACCGAACUUGGAAGAAAACUGUAAAAUCAACAUCUGUGUCAUCUUUUUAUCUCCUUUUGUUUUUCUCUACUCAAUAAAUAUUUUAAAGCAUAUUAUGGAAUAAAGGAAGAUACUUUCUAAAUGAGAA